AUGAGGCUCUGUGUCUGCGUUGUGUUGCUCUCCUUUAUUCUAUGUGCAAGUGCUGAAAUACCACUGAUAUCUCCAGCUGGACGAUUUAUCUGGGAUGCAGUGGGAGGGGCACGGGAUAUGUAUAGAGCAUACCAGGACAUGCGCGAGGCAAAUUAUAAAGGUGCUGACAAGUAUUUCCAUGCUCGUGGGAAUUACGAUGCUGCCCAGAGAGGACCUGGUGGUGCUUGGGCAGCCAAAGUGAUCAGUGAUGCCAGGGAAAAAUGGCAAAGUGACGUGAGUGGCAGAGGUGCAGAAGACACCCGAGCUGACCAAGAGGCGAACGCGUGGGGCAGAAGCGGCGGGGACCCCAACCGCUACAGACCUGCAGGCCUUCCCAGCAAAUACUAAUGCUGCCCC